AAACUGCUGGCAGCGAAAGGUGAGACUGGGGAUGGCGGCAGGUCAUAUGGAAGGAGUGGAGCACGGCGCAGAGGUGGAAGCGGGGCUCUCUGGGCUGCCGAGCCUCGCUAGCGGUGUAGGGAGCAAGGUGAGGGUGAGCAUGGUGACGGCCAACGUGGACACACUGUUUGCAGCGCCGCCGGACGAGGAUCCGAUGGAGACGUGGGCAAACGGGGUGCUUGGCCUGGUUCCACCGCGAAGCAGCGAGGAUAGCGGCGACGGGCUGCGGCAGUGGAGCGUGGUGCAUCUGCAGGAGCUCGCGCCCAAGCGGUCGAUGAUGUCGUUGCGAAUGAUUGCGCGUGCGCUGGCUGUGGCAGCGCGUGCGCGCGGGCUUGUCCCAUCGGCGCUCUUCUACGACGAUGGGCGGGGAGGAAGCAGCGUGCCGUCGGGGCUGGGCGUGAUGGUGGCAGCGUCGCCAGAGCUCGUAGAGGUGGCACGGCAUCGGGCGUGGCUCCCGUUCGUAACGGUCAACGUUCACCUCCCGCACGAUGCCGACAACCGGGUGGCCCUGCUCGGCGAGGCGCCGUCGCCGUAUGCCGAGGUGCGGCGGGCGGCGAUGGAGGACAUGCUCGCGAUGGUGAGCGAGACGGUGGGCAGCUGCGCUGAUCCGCUUGUUUUGGUUGCCGGCGACACCAAUGUGCGGCUUGAUGGGCGGGCGGCGCUCGAGUGGGCGCUCGGCAGCGAGGGCGACGUGGAGGCCAAGGCGGUCUCGCUCCCAGCCGAGGGCCUGGCCAAGUUUGCCGACAGUGCGAGUGCAUGCGAGGUGCUGGCGCAGUACGAGUCAGAGAUUACGACAAGCAGACUUCGGGAUGUGGCGCCUGUCCAGUUUCCGGCAACGUACCGGCUGGUGCCGCGGGCUGGUGGCUCGCUGGCGAGCAUGAUUGGAGAGAAGAAGGAGCGGACGUUUUCGCGCAAGCGGCUGCCCGCGUGGCCCGACCGAGUGCUGUACGCGGCGAGCUGGCGGACGCUAGUGGCAGACAGCUACGAGUCUGUCGAUCUCGGAUGCGAUCACGCAGCCGUAGGUGCGUCUGGGACUGUGCGAUCGGGCAAGGCAGCGGGCACUGCAGAGCUGGACGAUGUUGUGCUGACCACGAUUGUGCCUGGGAGCAAACUGUAUCCCGGCGAGGAGCACUUGCGAUUCAAGGUCCUCCUCGAACCUGUGGGCAUCGCCUCAUGGUCGCAGUUUGACGACGAGUCGGUGCACAUCGUGGCGUUGAGGGAGGUGAGCGCAGCGGACGACGUGGCGGAGAGCGAUGCCACUAUUGGGAGGGUGGUGCUGUCGGAGGAGCGGGUAGCCCACGUCCUCGGUGUGGUCAUGUACCAUGUGGGCGAGCAGCGGUUGAUGCAGAUGUGUGUGGCGAGCUCGCUGCAGCGGAAAGGGCUCGGCCGCGAGCUCGUGUCCGCGCUGGAGGCGUAUCUCACGCACUACGCUGGGCGCGGGACGUACAUCACCUUGCAUGCGCGGCAGGUGGCGGCAGGCUUUUAUGAGAAGCUCGGCUACAGUGUUCACGGCGAGCCGUUUGAGGAGGUCGGCGUCCCGCACUUUCACAUGCACAAGACGCUCUGAGCAGGAGAUGAGCUAGAAGACAGCCUCGGGGUCUUCUUCAUCGUCGACAAUAAAGUUGUUGUCAUCCUC